AAAUCUGCAGUGUACUUACGGUGGCGGCCGCUCGACAUUUUCGAACCAUUUGUAGUCCUUUGAGUACACCGAGCAGAACACAUCUUGAGACAUUGUAAUUUCGGAUUAUUUGUUGAUGAUAAAUCUGAAAAUUGGGAGAUAACGCGGUUUGAGGGCCAUUGGAUCCAUUUCUCGGCAUCGGCACCUCAGAGCAAGCAACAGCGAUGCCUCCAAAUAUCCUCUCUAGCAGUUUGCAAAAUGCAUCCUUCAACAUAAUAUUUCAGAUUGGCUUCAGAAUCCUCACCUUUCUUUUAAAUGCUUUUGUAUUACGCCAUGUAAGUCAAGCUGCUGUUGGAGUUAUGAAUGUCCGUCUUUUACUCUUAGAGUCCACUUUGCUAUUUUUAAGUCGGGAAGCCUUUCGUCGGGCUUGUCUGAGUAAAGCCAGUGAACACUACUGGCCUAAGGUUAUCAACUUGGUAUGGCUUACGGUACCUCUCUGUCAGAUCCUUUGCUUGAUAUUUGGCUACAUAUGGCUGAAUGUACUUUCAACACCCAGUAGCAGCAUCACGGAAUAUUAUACUGUUGGUGUAUGGUCUAUUGCAAUCAGCUGUAUUAUAGAAAUGUGUUGUGAACCAGUUUAUCUUAUGUCAGAGGCUUUCCUUUUUGUACGUCUCAAGGUUGUGAUGCAAACAAUGCUUGUGGUGGUUCGCACCAUUACAUUUACAUCAAUUGUUCUUUAUCAACCCAAAGCUGCUGUUCUAGCCUUCUCAGUUGCUCAGAUUUUAUCAAUAACAGCUUACACUGUUGGGUAUUAUAUAUAUUUUCAUUUUUAUAUGAAAAAACGUCUCAUUGAAAGGAGCCAAAUUAUCAAUAAUGUGUCAAAAGGACGGUCUUUUCAAAGGAAAGAUUCUAUAAUAGGCACAGCCUAUGACUUUCCAUUUAACUCAAUUUCGGAGUUCCUUCCAUCUAAAUGUGAUGAUGGGAAUUUUGAUUAUAAAUUGGCUAAAUUGACUUGGAGCUUCUUCAAGCAGGGUAUUUUAAAACAAAUUCUUACUGAAGGAGAGCGUUACAUUAUGACAUUGUUCUCAGUGUUGUCAUUUGGGGAACAGGGCAUUUAUGAUGUAGUCAACAACUUAGGUUCAAUGGCAGCUCGGUUUUUGUUCCGGCCCAUAGAGGAAAGUGCAUAUUUCUAUUUUUCUCAGAUGAUUCGAAGGGAUGUUCCUAUUGCAAAACAAGACCAGAAACAAGUUGAAGAAUGUGUUCUGGUUUUGCAAAGGCUACUUCGCUGCCUAUUUGCCCUUGGGCUUGUAAUAUUAGUAUUUGGCCUUGCUUAUUCCCGUCUCCUUCUCCUAUUGUAUGGAGGUUCAGGUCUCAUUUCUGGAAGUGGACCUCUUUUACUUCGAACACAUUGUUUAUCUGUGCUUCUUCUUGCUUUAAAUGGAAUCACAGAAUGUUAUGCACUUGCCAGUAUGGACACUAAACAGCUUGACAGAUACAAUUAUGUCAUGGUAUGGCUGUCUAUUGGGUUCCUCUGCAUUUCUUGGAUUUUCACGAGGCUUUUGGGAGGCGUUGGGUUCAUACUUGCCAAUUGUUGUAAUAUGGCUGCUCGCAUUACUCACAGUAUUCAUUAUAUUGCUGACCAGUAUCAAUCCACAGCUUUCAAUCCCUUGAAAGGUGUUAUUCCUCACCGAAUGUACUGCAUUACAUUGUUUGUCUCUGGAUUGUUGACUCAGUUGUCUGAGGUGUUGGUAUCACCCUAUUCUCUUCUUGGACACUUCUUGAUUGGGGCAUUCUGUUUUUUGGUUACCCUUGUUGUCUGGACAAUUGGGGAGCGUGAACUUGUUCAACUUGGCAUACACAAGUGGAAUCAGAGGAGAGCAAAGUCACACUAAGUAUGAUUUGUUUUUAAGACAAGUGAUAUCAACCGAUAAAUUCCUUCCAAGAUGGACAUGAAACCAAGGGGUGAACACAAACAAUUCUGACAUUGGUGUAUAAAUUUUCUGACAUGAAUUUGAGUUGAGUUGUGCUGUACACUAAGGAGGACAGCUGUCUAACUCUUGUCAUAGUUUAGUGCCACCUUUUCGAAAAUUGUAGCAAGUAGCCUACUUUGGAUGUUUUCCAAAGACAUAUGCCAUGUUUAAAACAAAACCAAAAAUCCCAAAACAAACAACAAAAUUUUGAGCAUUUUUGAAAGAAACAAAGUUUUCUUUAUAACCUUCAUUUUUUGUAGGUACCUGUUGUUUUUUUGUUUUUUUAACACAAUUCUAUAAACAUUUUAAAAGUUAGUGUUCAAUGAAAUCUAGUCAUUAAUGAAACACUAGCAGCACUUUCCUGUAGUUGUAUCAAAUAUACAUUUAAGUUACGAAUAGGAGCUAUAUGUCAUGCACACAAUGGAGCACAAAACUGUGAUCUGUCUUUUUUUAAGAGCAGAGUGGAAUGCUUUCUGUGAUUGCUUAUUUUAAUACAGCUGCUGUGUUAGAUUUUCUGUGAUUCUAAUGGCCGGUGUU